AGUUUCGCGCAGCGACCUCUGGUCUUCUUCUUCCUCCCAAGCUUCGAACGAACCGCCGAGAAAAGGAAGCGGAGUAGCGGACGCGAGACCGGGACCAGGGAGAUAUCGAGGCCUCGAAUCAAUCGGUUGACGCGCCGAGAUGUCUUCGCCAGCCGAGUACUACAAUUCACUUCCGCCAAUAAGCAAGGCAUAUGGGACAUUGUGUUUCUUUGCCACCGUCCUGUUUCAUCUCCAGAUACUGAACCCAGACUUUAUUGGCUUAUAUUACCCCUUUGUGUUCAAGAAGUUUGAGAUAUGGAGGUUAUUUACAAAUUUCUUUUUUCUGGGCCCAUUUUCCAUCAACUUUGGUAUUCGCCUUCUGAUGAUAGCAAGGUAUGGUGUGCAGUUGGAAAAGGGUGCGUUCGAAAAGCGGACUGCAGAUUUCUUGUGGAUGAUGAUAUUUGGUGCCAUCUCACUUCUGGUACUGUCAGCUAUUCCCCUAUUUCAGCUUUCAUUCUUGGGAAUACCUAUGGUCAGCAUGCUUCUAUAUGUCUGGAGCCGAGAGUAUCCAAAUUCUCAGAUAAAUAUGUACGGCCUCGUCCAAUUGAGGUCUUUUUAUCUUCCAUGGGCUAUGCUCGGAUUGGAUGUGAUAUUUGGCUCACCAUUACUGCCUGGCUUUCUGGGUAUCAUAGUUGGACAUCUAUACUACUUCCUUGCAGUUUUGCACCCGCUAGCCACAGGAAAGAAUUAUCUGAAGACUCCGAAAUGGGUACACAGCAUCGUUGCUCGAUUCAGAAUAGGUGUGCAGGCAAACACUCCGAUCCGACCAGCAGCCAACGCUGGUGCCGGUGCCUUCAGAGGAAGAAGCUAUAGACUCAAUCAAUAGAUUGACCUGGAUAGUGCAUCUUAUAUUGUGAUGCUAUUGAGACUGCAAUGUAGAAGCAGAGCUCACAGCUCAGGACAUAGUAAGGUCAACAAGAUUAAGGGUUGCUCUCUUAGGGGCUCUAGAAAAAUCAGGGCUUGUUACACUGAGUGUUGAUUUAGUUCCUGAAAAUUAUCCGCUUCCAUGUUCUCCAAAUAAUUGUGUAAUGCCCGUUUGUCUUGUACACUACCUGUACAAAGAACUGUGCACCCGCCUGGUUUUGGGGUAGAAUACUACAUUUAUUUGGGCCGAGCUGUUUUGUUCUGCCACUCGGGCCCAGAAAUAUGAGGCUGCUUAGGCCCAUGCCUCUA